CAUAGUAGGUACUUAAUAAAUGCUUAUUUUAUUUAAUUAUAAAUUCUGCCCAUCUAAUUAAGAGAAGAGCCCCCUUUGCAGAGGAAGUGUUUGGCCACAGCAGGGGUGUAUAUGAGACACCAGGUAUACAUGAGUCCAGCUUUGUGUCUUUACCUCUGUAAACAUAUUAAUAUAAUUGAAGUGUCCAUGACUAUCGUUAUUCAUAUGUAUGCAAUGGUCUGUGUCUGCCUGUGACUCUACAUCUACGCAUAUGUGUCUAUGGGUGUGGGAGGAGAGAUAGCUUUGUGUCUAUGUCUCUGCAUAUGUAUAUCUUUUGCCCUGUCUAGUCCCAUCUUAGAGACAUCCCCUCCCCCCAGAAACCAUGGCCAGUAUAGCGUGGGUACGGAAGUGGGCUGUUGCUGUGGUGUUGAUUGUGUCACUGGGACUGGCAGCUGCCACAAUACCCACUCUCCUGUAAGCUUGGGAUCUUCUAGAGAGACCAUUCUCCCUGCCCCCAGACGCCACAAUAUUUAUGUAGGGAGAAGGGAGAGUGCUACAGGUAUUGGAGUUGGGGUGGGGCGAGGGGAAUUCACUGCAAAGACACCCCCCCAUCAUCUCUGACCAGCAGGAGGAAGGACCAGGAGGCAGCACAGCCUGCAGAGGAAGGUUGCCUAGCAACUUGGGAGACUUUACUGCAAACUCACCAAAUCCCAAAACUCCUCAGUUCUAAAUUAGGAAGACAGAAGCAUGGAGACAGGGCCUGAUACCCACUUUCCCACUUCCCCAUCCAUCCCCAUAGGACCCUAGUGAUAGAGUUCGUCAGGGAAGUUACCUAGCCUAAGGUCUUAUAUACUCCCAAUCAACUAAGAGGCUUGAGCACCUGAGGCAAGUUAUGGUUUGUUGGUGUCAGAAAAUGGUAUUUUGUACCAGGAAUUGAUUAAAUUCUCACUAACAUGGGUGAGCCUUCAAUAAUUGGGGAGGGGGGAGAUUCCCUAAAACUUUGGAAACCCAGCUCUGGAGAACCAAGGUAGUUAACUCUAUCCCCACCCUUGCUAACAAUUAGAUUUUUCUGUUUUCCCCUUUGGUCCCAAGAACUUCUGUACUAUCCUUUCAGAUAAGUGAACCAACCUAUGCUUUUCACAAGCCCACCCUUCACCUGAGCCACAUAUGUGGGCUUAAUUACCAGGCAUCUCCAGAGCUUCAUCACCUAUCUUCUUUCCUCUCUGAACUGCCCUAUCAGCAAUUCUCUUUUCCCCCUCUUCGAGCUUGUUGAUUUAGAAUUUUCCGUUUUUCUCAUAACUACCUUACCCUUACUCAUACAAUAUCCUGCACCAUUACCAGCCCUAAGGUCCAAGACAUGAGAUUUUCCUUUCUAUGUGGAUUUCUCCAUAACUCCCUUCCCCCAGCCUUUCAGGAUACAUGAAUUCUCUCCCCUAACACUUCCCUGACCCCAGAGAGAUAACUAGAAUCCUCAUGAUUCACUGUGCUUAAGGUUAAAAUGGUUUUCUUCUCCAGAUGAACAGAGAAGGAAAGGGGCAGGUGUGUAUCUGAGAGCUGAGGAUUCCUUGGACCUUGAAGGAAUUUACCCCACAGCAAAGGGUAGGAGACACUGAACAGAUUCUAGGAGGAUAGCUCUCUAGGGAGGUGCAAGGGAUAAUGGGGAGAUGGUUCUUGAAGAUCCCUUCUUACAAAUAUGUAUACAUCAUGUGUAUAUGUAAAGUGUAUUAUACAGUACUCAGUAUCUGCGUAUCACAGGUUUGCAGGUUGCAAUUGCAUAUAUGUCUUUCUGAGCAGGAUGUGUGUAUGUGUGUGUGUGUUAGGGGACGGGUGCCCAUGUGUAUUUGAGCUAAUCUAUGUAGAGUAUAGCAGUGUGUGGGUGUACAGCUCUCUGUGGGGUAUCUGAAUUUUCAUGUAUUUGUGUAUGACUAUGUGCCCAUCACUGGCCUUCAUAACUUGCAGGAUGAAUACAUCUGCGCUGUACUGGAUGUGAAGAGUAGACAAUCUUCCCACAUUUUGGUGAGGUCUGUGUGUGUUGCUUACUUUGGAGAUUCGAGUGAGAGUGGGGAAAAUGGAAGAAUUGGGGGAGGCACAUCCCUAAGUGGAGGAAAACAAAGGGAGGGGUAUCUCUCUCGAAAAGCUGGAGCCUCAGGUAACUGUACUAAGAUAUAUGUGUCCGGAUGGAAGGGUGUGUGUCUCUGAGAGGUCGGGGGUGUUUUUCUAUUUCCCGUACUCCUUGCCUACCACUCUGUGCUGUAUUGGGGAGUGGAGAUGGUGGGGAUUAUUGCGUGGGAGUUUGGGAGGCUGUAGGUGUGUAGGAGGAAUAGAGGAAGGUGUGUAGGUGUAGGGGCUGGGGCCGCCACUGGUGGGGGUUGGUAGGGAGGGGGGAAAAGAGGGCACAAAGGGGGCGGAGCCUCAAGGCGUAGUCUCUCCUCUCCUCUGCCCACUCAAGUUAAGACUCCUCCUGAUUGGCUACCCUACUGUGGGCUUCAGGUUACAUCCCAGAGCAGUCCCGAGCGCGGGAGAGAGAGGAAUAGAGUCGGGAGCGGAUUUUGCACUCUGAGCCGGGAAACCAAAGUCCCUGAAAGGCGUCGGACAGCUCACCGCCCCUGCCCCCGCCCCCAGCCCCGCCCAGCCCAGCCCUGCGGUCGGGAUGGAUUGCUGCACGGAGAGCGCUUGUUCCAAGCCAGACGAUGACAUUUUGGACAUCCCUUUGGACGAUCCUGGCGCCAACGCGGCUGCGGCCAAAAUCCAGGCGAGUUUCCGGGGCCACAUGGCUCGGAAGAAGAUCAAAAGUGGGGAGCGAGCUCGGAAGGGCCCAGGCCCCGGGGGGGCGGGCGGCUCUGGGGGCGCCCGGGGGGGCGCGGGAGGCGGCCCCAGCGGAGACUAAGCCAGGUGAACUGACUGUUUUCUAAGUUCCCUAGGUGAGGUGGAUGCCAUGUCCCCUUCGCAGUGACAAGACUUCCCUGCAAUGUUUGUGACUACUCCCCCACCUCUCCUGCCAGCCUCAGGAGCCCACACGCCACCGGGAGACCCCUCCCCCUCAGGCCGGCUCCAUUCCGGAGUCACUCUACCUGUUCGCCAGUCUGAAAAGGGACCUGAUUUCCCUAUCUUCUUUACCCCUCUCCUGUCUGUCCUCCUUUCCUCCACCUCCUCGUUUUGCCUAACCUGCUCCACCUCCACAGCGCACCCGCCCUGCAUGAACUCACCACCAACUUUACUAAGCUCCUCUUCGCUUUCUCUCUGCGGAUUGCUGAGGGCGCCCCCAAGUAGUCCAAGUGUGUGUGCUCCCACUAAGGAAAUCCUGUUUGUUUCUGCGGAAAGCCGAAGGAUACGCCUGUCUCCACCCCUACUCACUGUGCUGCUGUAACCAUCCCCAUCCAGCCCACCCAAGCUCCAAGACUUUGGGCCUUCUGCUCCUCCACAGGCAGUCCCCAGUUUACACACUCGGGGUGAGGGGAGGCUUUUGGGGGUGCCGGAACCCUUUACUUCUGGGCAUGAUCCUAUUCUGGUUGGUGGGGGGAGGAGCGGUUUCCCGUUCCAGAGGUCCCCUGAAGUGACGGUGAUUGCACGCCCAGUCCCACACCUGCUUGUAAUCUCCCAGUCCUGAGCCCAUUCUACAGCCCUAUGCCCCUAGCCUCGACUGCUGCGCAUCCCGCGACCACCUCUCCAACUCUCUUCUUGUUAUGCAAACUCCUAGGCCGAGGUGAUCGAGAGGGGGUGUGGGGGGAGUCAGAAGCUGCCCCGCCCCUUGCCCUGCCCUGCCCUGCCCUGACCGCCCAGCCCCUAACCGGGCUCCUGGGGCUGUGGCAGAAGGGUUUUUAAAUUUUCGUGUGUGCAUGUGACCGCUCUGGGUUGGAAUGUGAACAAUAAAGAGGAAUGUCCAAGUG